AUGUUUUACCUAGCAAUAUCCAGUACCAAAACUAGCGAUAAAAAUUUAACAAUUCAAAAAUCAACUCAAUAUCAAUUAUCAUCAUAUGAUAGCAUAAAUUCAUUUUCACAUUUUGCUCCAAUAAUUUUAGAACAAUAUCAAAAGAAAAAUCCUUUAAAUAAUAAAAACAAUCAAUUAUCAAAUGAAUAUCAAAAGAUUGGAAUAUUGCAAUUUAUAAAAUUAAAAGAAUUGGUAUUUUAA